GUGAUGAGUCUGUGAGCAGGCUGGGUACCCACCAGAUCAGGGUGGCUGUGAGCUGAAUGGAGACUGUAAAUGAAACAGAAGCAGGUCAAGUGGUUAAAGAUACAGUCCUUAUAGAGCGGGAGAAAAAUAAUGAACAUUGCCAUCAGGAUAUUGAUAAGUUGUCUGAAUCAACAGACGGUGAUGGUGAAGAUGAUACCAAUGAUGAAGAUAAUGAUGAAGAUGGUAAUCCUAGUAAGGAUACUCAUGCCCCAUUAGAAUUAAUGGCAGAAUUCCUGAGAGCAGAAAUGGGCCAAGACUACCAUUUGGCAAAAAAAUUAUGUCAGAUGAUCCUAAUCUAUGAACCAGAAAAUCCUGAGGCCAAGGAGUUUUUCUCACUUAUCGAAGAAAUGUUGCUGAUGGAGAAAUCUCAGAAUCCUGAGGAAGAUGAUGAAGAUAGUGAAGAAGACAGCAGCGGUGAGAGUGAAGGAGAAAGCAGCGAGGAGCUCAGUGAAGAAAGCUCCGACGAAUGUGAAGACGGGUGAUGAAAGUUGCUGCUGUGGUUCAGUCUUCAUGUAUUUUCAUUACCGACUACCA